UGUUUGUGUUUACAUUUCACAGCUGCUAAGGCAUCAGAAAUUGUUACCGAAAAUGUAGAUUCUUGUCGUUUGGAAUCUUUCCUUCAGUGAUUGGCAUUUCUUCAUAUUGAUGUAAUGAAUUCCGAAAUACCGGAGGUUGUCGACGGGAAUGGCGAAUGUUUGGGUCUUCCUGAUCACUUCCUCAAUAUUCCGUUGACAGCACUUCGCUGUUCCGUUAAUCGAGUUGUUGCUCUCCACCUCAACAAUCCAUCAGACGUUGUGGACCAAGAGACGGGAUACGUCAAUGACUACAAUGGUUUGGCCGAGUUUGUCGGAUUUACUUACUUGGAAACAGAACAUUUCGGAAGACAGGAAAGCCCCACUGAGGAAUUAUUGGAAGAAUGGAAAACACGGGACGAUCUAGCGCCGUCAACCAUCGGCAAACUUUGGGAGGGACUGUAUAUUCUCAACAGAUUCGAUAUCAUGAAGGAUUGUCAGUUGGGUAUAGUAAAAGAUGUUGAGUCAUACCAGAAAAACAGAGAAAGAGAACAAGACCUGAUGCAACCUCGUAAGAGCAAUGAAGCAUCACAAAGAUCGGAUUGUCCAGCGGAAAAGAAAGAGAACCUAUGUAAACAGGACAUUGAAAGCAAAACUCCUCAGUUCUUUGAUGCAUUCGUAUCAUACAACGACGAAGGAAAGGAUCUCAGUUUUGUGAAGAAUAUGAUACAGAUCUUGGAAGGCGAACCCCACAAGCUGAAACUCUACAUUCCAGGCAGAGACGGCCUGCCAGGGGCAGCUAAAUAUGUGACAGAGGCAAAGCUCAUUGAGUCACGGUGUCGCAGGAUGGUCAUUAUUCUCUCCAAUGAUUAUCUACAGAGCAGUGCUUGUGACUUCCAGUCUAAAUUUGCUCAUGCCCUGUCCCCAGGUAAGUAUGAACUGCAAUAA